GUGCACAUAUAUACGCACGGUCCCAUUUCUAUUGAUGAACUGAGCGAGACUCGACCGAACCUACGGCGUCUAGAUCGAAGUGAUCGAGCAUCACCUGGUCGCCAUGGAUAGCAGCAGCUGGAGCUAUGGCUAUGGCGCCAACGGCGGCGCCGCCGCCGGUAACAGCGGCUUCAUGUGCGGUUACGCCGCCAGCUGCGUCGUCCCUGAAGGGCUGAUGCAGAGCAGGAAGGAGGAGGAGCGCACGCAGAUUCAGCACCACCUCAACCAGAUCAGCAUGCAGAUGAACAUGGAGGACGAGCCAGCUCCGUACAUCAUCCCUGCCGGCGACGGGGCCGCCGUCGGCAUGCAGCAGUCCGUCCUAGCCGAACUCGAUUUCCUCCCCUCACACCACACCGGUGGCUGCAGCUUUCCCUCCUCAUCCUCCACCUCCUCCUCGUUCCGUUCGGCCUCGCUCUCUUGCAGCCCGGAGAACUCCUCGGCGCACGCCCUCAAAGACAAGACGUCGAUACUGAUCACCGCGAGGGAGUACGUGAAGUCCCUCAAGUCCAAGGUCUGCGACCUCGAGGAGAAGAACAAGGCGCUCCAGGCGCAGCUGGCCGAGUGUGCCCGCGCCGCCGGCCGGGUCGAAGAAGACGACGCCGAGAAGGUCGAAAUCCAAAUAACCAGAGCGGCGGCGGAUCGGGAAGAUGGGACGACAACGAGUGAGGUUUGCACGGUGAAGAUAGCAGCGAGGCCGGCGCAUGGCAACACGAUGGACGUGGUGCUCAGGACGCUGCAGUGCCUCAAUGACCAGAUGGGGGAAGAGGACGUCAGCCUGGUGGCCAUGAGCACCAGCUAUGGCGACGGCGUCAACGGCCUCACCGGAGCAUUCCUGACGAUGCAGCUCAAAUCAGCGUCCGGCGCCAAGUGGGAGGAGGAGGUGGUCAGGGAAGCCGUGGCGAAGGCCGUCGCGGCCCGCACGGGCGCCGACCGCCGUGGCGACGCCGCCGGCCGGUCUCGGCACGCCGAAUGAUUAAGCUGCUGCUCCAUCCAACGGUCGGCUCCUCGUGCUCCUCAGGAGACCGCCGUUAGCUAACCACCCACCGCCGACGGAUGC